UGCUUCUUAUUUAUUUGUGGCCAUCUUCAAUCCUUAAAUUACAUUUCUCUAGUAUUCAAGGAAAUUAUAACUCUAUCUACAAUUAUAAAUUGUAAACAUUAUUAUUUACAUAUAUAUAUAUAAACAGUUUGUAUACUUGAAUUUACAACAGUUUGUGGUGUCCACUUGUUGAUAAAAAAUCUUCUCAUUGACAAAAUCUACCUUAACUUGCAGUUACAGCAAUUACAGUGAUAUUAUGUUUUUGCUAAAAACGGUGAUUAUUUUGUGAAUUUGUUUUCUUCAUCAAUCAGUGUUUGGUUUUCUGGUAUAAACCAAAAUUUAUCAAAUAUAUUUGAAUAUACCUCUUGGUUUUCAACUCCUUGUGUCUUUAAAAUUACACAAUCUAACUUAGGAUUUAUUUAUUUACUUCAAACUCAACAUCAUCACUUUAAGAUGAUCCAAUCAACUCGCUGGUUAAUCUCACAGUACAACACUGUUAUGGUCUUUGUGUUAAUUUUCCCUCUCAUUUACUCUUUUCCCAAAAGAAGUGAUUCAGAUUUACUCCAAUCUCGUGAUCUUCGCUCCCAAAAGAUUCGAACCUGUGGUCGAAAUUUGAUGGAUUUAAUUCAACUCGUUUGUUCAGGCUCUUUACCCGGUAAAAGAAGUUAUCAUGAUGAAAAUUGGGCAAUCAGAGAUAAUACGGCCUGGUCACAAGAUACUCAAUUUAAUAAGUUAAAUUUUGAAGAAAAUGAUUCAGAUACAAGUAAUUUCAUGGAACCAAAGGCCGCAUUUUCAUUAUUUGGAUUGAAUAAAAGAUCACAAAAUGAGGAUAGUCAAGUUUUCUUUAGGAGUUUACGUGGUGCUACAGAUGAAUGUUGCUACAAAUCGUGUACAAUGAAUCAACUUCGAGCUUAUUGUCGCCCUUCUGGCAGAUGAUCUGGAAAAUAUUACCAAAAUAAUAUACAUUUACUCAAUUAUAUCAUACCAUUGGCUCUAAAUACGUGAAAUAAAAUUGAUCUGACUUAAAUUAAUAUGUAUCUCUUUGUGUCAACAAUCAUAUUACCGUGGUCAGUUUUUUUCAAAAUUUA